AUGGCGGGGGCCUCCGACUUCGACUCCGGCUCCGGCUCCGGCUCGGGGGCGGGAAGCGGCAGUCCUGCACCACCUCCACCUCCUCCGCGCGCAGCCGCCGGCUGCCCGCCCACUUCCGGACUUAGCCGGAACCGGAAGACUGAGGCUGGUGAUGGAGAGGCGGAGCCACGGCUUCCCUGCCGCGGCUCCAUUGGCCGAACCUGCCGUCACCCGGCAGUAGUUGCGGAGGUCAGCCCCACCUCCCUCCUCUUUCCCUCGGCCUCGGAUCCGGUGGCGGCGCGGUUUUUUCGCUCAGCCAUGUGGAGGCGCCGUGCGGAGCGGCCUAGCACCUUUACAGCCGGCCUCCGGCUUUCUGUCCCUGCGGGAAAGACGCCCGCACAAGCGCGUUUCACUCGGGUUCUCAAGUCUUCCAGCCCUGGCGUGCUCGUGGCCGCGGACUGGCACGCGCCUUACGGCGGCUGUCGCCGGAGGCGGAGGGAUGGCCCCCCGGUGGCCUUGGAGAGUGGCAGAGGGAGAAAUGAUGCCUCAAAGUGUCUGACUCUGACCACUCUCGCGCAGGCCAAGAUCAAGGCACGGGACCUUCGCGGCAAGAAGAAAGAGGAGCUGCUAAAACAGCUGGACGACCUGAAGGUGGAGUUGUCCCAGCUGCGCGUCGCCAAAGUCACUGGCGGUGCGGCGUCCAAGCUCUCUAAAAUCCGAGUUGUCCGCAAAUCCAUUGCCCGGGUUCUAACUGUCAUCAACCAGACUCAGAAGGAGAACCUCAGGAAGUUCUACAAGGGUAAGAAGUACAAACCCCUGGAUCUGCGCCCCAAGAAAACGCGAGCUAUGCGCCGCAGGCUCAACAAGCACGAGGAGAACCUGAAGACCAAGAAACAGCAGCGGAAGGAGAGGCUGUACCCGCUGCGGAAGUAUGCCGUCAAGGCCUGAGCGUCUUACCUCAAUAAACACAAACUGGCUGA